AUGGCAUUGAGUUACACGGUACUGUCGUUCAUCUGCAUCCCAAUCCUUGCUUGGCUGGCGGCUCGCACUUAUGGACUGGUGGUCAAUUACCGGCAGGCAAGGAGACUGGGGAUCCCCGUCGUUGUCAUUCCCUUUUCGUGGCAGGACGACUGGUGGAUUCUUCUCUAUCCCUACUUCAGAUACCUCCGCCACUUGCCUGUGAUAGGGUACAUGUUCGUCUUCAGCUACCAUUCCUGGGCUCAAGACGAGCGUUAUCGUCCACACCAGACGUACGGCGAUGUGUUUAUAGUUGUAUCUCCCGAAAAGAACGAGAUCGUGGUCAAUGACCCCGUCGCGGCCGUCGAGCUGCAAACCCAGUACAAAUCAUGGAUCAAGCCUCCACCUCUGUACGAGAUCUUCGAAUCCUUCGGGCCCAAUGUCAUCAGCAUCAACGGAGAAGACUGGCAGCGUCACCGCAGAAUCGUCAACCCUGCUUUCCGUGAACAGAACAACAAAGUCGUUUGGGAAGAGUCGCUGAGACAAGCGAGACAGAUGAUUGGGGUAGUGACCAGCCAAGCAGAUGCCCACCGCACGAUGCUCGACGUCCGGAACGACUGUGUGCUGAUCGCCAUGCAUGUCCUCUCCGCCGCCGGGUUCGGACACAUUCACGAUUUUGAUGGAGGCUUCCGGGAGAUCCCGCAAGGCCACCAAACCAGUCUCGCCGAGUCACUGAAGUUCCUCCUGCAGAACAUCCUCUUUUGCGUACUAUUCAAAAACAUACCCGUGCUCCGCUGGAUAAUGCCCGCUUUUUAUCGACAGCUCACCGCCAUGACGGCCGAGUUCACUCAAUACAUGAAGGAGAUAAUUGCAUACAAUCGAGCAAUCACACAGGGCGGCGGCAGCAGUAGCGGCGCCGACAUCGUCAGCGCUCUGGUUGAGGCCGACGAGGCAGCGAAACGAGAACAGAAGAAGGCCGCACACGGCGCAGGAGCGAAGCAAAUGUACCUUAGCGACGCCGAAUUAUUAGGUAACUUGUAUAUUUUCAAUUUGGCUGGUUUUGAAACGACCGCAAACGCACUGACAUAUACGAUCCCGUUCUUGGCCGCAAACCGUGAGAUCCAGGACUGGGUCGGCGAAGAAGUCGACGCCGUCUUAAAAGGGAGAGACGCUGAAAAGCUCGACUAUGAAGUGGUGUUUCCACAACUCGUGAGAUGCCUGGCGUUGAUGUAUGAAACUCUUCGUCUCUGGGGGCCGGUGCCCAGUACGGAGCGUUGGUGUGUUGGACAACCACACCCCUUUCGUGUCAAGGGCCAAGAGAUCAUGGCACCACCCGAGACAUAUGUGUCGCUCAAUCUUUACGCUGUCCAAAGUGACCCGCGCUGGUGGGGUGAGAACUCCCUCAGAUGGAACCCACAUCGCUGGGUGAUGGUCGACCCGGCGACAGGAAAGGAGUCGAUCGCUCCCCCUCCGCCGGGUGCGGCGUUUGUGCCGUGGAGUGUUGGUCCCAGGGUCUGUCCAGGGAAGAAGUUCAGCCAAGUCGAGUUUGUGGCCAUCAUUUCGACGCUGUUGCACGAAUGUCGUCUGAAGCCGCUGAUCAUAGAAGGGAAAAUGAAGACCGAAGAGCAGGCCAGCUCGGCGUUGUUGGAGGUGCUGGGCGAUUCGAUGAACGUCAUUACACCGAAGAUGCGUCGACCUGAAGAUGCAGGCGUAGUGUUUGUUCGACGAUGA